AUGACUGAGGAAAGGGUCCAUAUUAAGCAAGGCGGGGGCCUGAGAGUGGAGAAGCGUGAUCGAUUAGUGUGGCCAAAUGAUGGUGUGGAAUUGAGUACGCGUGAUUGGCUGCCGAUUCACCCUGUUCUUCCUUGGGGAGAUGUUCUUAUGCACCAUAAAAUCACUGGAUGCCUGGCGGACACCGCCGAGACGUCCACGGACGUGAGCAUCACAGGUCAUGUGACGAAGAGCGUGAGCAAAUCGCCAGGCAACAGGACUGCCUUUAAGCCCACGCCCAAGAUCUUCGUGCCAGUGAGUCAUCAGACGCCUUCGAAGCUGCAGAAACGGGCUGAGGACACUAAGACAGCCGCCACGUCGGUGGAGGCACAGAACCAGAGCCGAGAGGCGCUCUCCCACGAGGGAAGCGAUCCGGUGGUUUAUCUCUCCGACACGGCGGGAUACAUUCCAGUCACGCCCAUCCGGACGAGGAUUCCCGCCGCCACGUCCUACCACACUGGAGCCUCCGUCGACCUGGAGUCCUGGCGGCCUGAUCUCUGGGACAGGGACUACACGAGGCGGUAUCGAUUCAACAACACCCGAGUCCAGCACAUCGAAGCCGAAUGCCAGGAUGAUUACAUGAAGAUCCGAAUCGGAUUUAAUGGUUCAUUUGCUGGCCUCCUAUAUUCAGCAGGCUAUGCGUACGAUCCCGAUUGCAUGUACAUCAACGGAUCCGGCAGGGACUACUAUGAGUUCUACAUCCAGCUGAAUAGGUGCGGAACCCUGGGAAAGAAUGCUCACGGCGAGGACAGCCGCAAGAAUCCCACUAAAAACUUCAUGUGGAACACCAUCACAGUUCAGUACAAUCCUCUGAUCGAGGAGGAGUUCGACGAGCACUUUAAGGUCACGUGCGAAUAUGGUUACGAUUUCUGGAAGACAGUGACUUUCCCUUUCUUGGACGUUGAAGUGGCCACAGGCAAUCCGGUUGUCUUCACGCUAAGCCCUCCGGAGUGCUAUAUGGAGAUACGCAAUGGUUAUGGAAUCAAUGGAGCCAGAGUGGCUGGACCGGUCAGAGUUGGAGAUCCUCUAACGCUUAUCAUCUACAUGAGGAGCAAAUACGAUGGAUUUGAUAUUGUCGUAAAUGAUUGUUACGCCCACAAUGGAGCUAACAAGAGGAUACAAAUGAUCGACGAAUUUGGGUGUCCUGUCGACGAUAAACUGAUCUCUCGCUUCCGAGGUUCUUGGUCAGAAAGUGGAAUCUAUGAGACGCAAGUUUUUGCCUACAUGAAAACCUUCAGAUUUACAGGAUCUCCUGCGCUUUACAUCGAAUGCGACGUACGGAUGUGUCACGGAAGAUGUCCAAGUCAACCUUGUCACUGGAGGAAUCUCAAGAGUGUGGCGAAGAGAGAGAUCGCCAACCAAACAAUAGAGAAUGACCCUCCAAGUCGAGAGACAAUCUCAGACAACAUCAGCCUCUUCCAGUCCCUAAGAGUGCUUCAAGAAGAGGAUGAUGAGUUCCUAGACGGCGCCGCUAAUGAUAACUUUGCAACGAAACGUGAGGCUCCGAAUGAGACUUGUCUCAAGACUUCAAUGCUGUUCACACUCGUGGCCACGAGUUGCGCUGUGAUCUUCGUCCUGGCAGGAUCACUGCUCACCACGUGUACGAAGCUAAAGUACAGAAAGGCCGAGGGAGGCUUCUUCGACACCUAUGUGAACCACAAGGGUCAGAUUGAGUGAAAGCAGUGCAGGCG